AUAGCGAGGGCUAUUUCCGGUGUCCUCGUUGCCAGAGGUCUCGUUAACACUUUGUUCCUGCAUGGAACAUCUCUUCUGAUUGGUGCAAUUGCCACAGCUGCGUGCGCAUACUUUUCCAGCUACACGAUGUUCCUGAUAUAUGGAGGAAUUCUCGGCAUGUUUACGGGAAUAUUUGGCGCGCUUCUAUCUGUCGUGACAGUGGACAUUGCGGGGAAGCAAAACCUAAAUCUGGCCUUUGGUACGCUGUCUUUCUUCCAUGGAAUUACAUUUGCUCUGGGAACGCCCAUAGCAGGUUGGAUUGCAGACGUUAGCGGAGGCUACGAGGAAGGAUUAUACUUCGCCGGUGUUGUGUUUGCUACCGGAAGUGCUAUUUCAUUCGGAAUCUACAUCCGGCGGAGACGUCAUGUUCGGUCUUUGAAAAGCUUGGCCAUUCAGAGAUCAAUACAAAAGGGCAAAAGUCUUAAGAGUGGCAAGUCCGGUCCAUUUGUUUCGUCCAUGUUUAUAAACUUAAGGAAGGGAAUGGGAAGACGGAUUUCUGUGAUCGGCAGGAAUAGCGGGAGUGCACUCCCACAAUGACACUAUCAUUUUGUUUUACGGAAACUGACUGGGGAAAAUGUGCUCUUCUACCGAAAGUGCCAGGUCAAAUACUCGCCCGGUGCAAUUAUUUUGGGCAACAUAAUGUACUCAGGUGUUCCUAUAGUGCGAAAACUAAACA